UUAGAUUUACCUUAUUUAAUUAAUUAUAUUGUGUAGUCAUUUAUAAAUCAAUAUUAGCGUUAUACAGUUUACUUUUUCACCUUCAAGAUGUUAGCGUCGCGGAAAAGUAUGUGUUUCAUAUGAAGAAAGUGAAGGCCUUCACGAGUAUUUUGUUUUGAUAUGCAAAGGCCCGUGGAUGAGAAGUGCGAUAGCGAGGCCCAACCCGACCUCGAGCGCUCUAGCAACAUGCUAGCAGCGCCUGACCACAAGAAGAAGACCGAGCUGGACAACUCCGACGCGAAACCGAAGGCAAGUGAAGAGGACCCGAAACCACGAAUAGUGCUCACAUUUCGCUCCGAAAAGACAGGAACGCGUUCUAGCAACAUGAAAAUCGUUUCGGCCGAAGAGAAGCAAGAGGAAAUCUCGCCGCGGCGGUCCACCCGCAUCAGAAUACCCGUCAUGUGGGAUUCUGAGGAGGAGACUGAGUUUACGUCGCCCAAGAAAGAAAAAGCUGUUAGCAGCGUGUCGGAGAACGAGGAAGCUUCCGACGGGAGCACGCCCAAACGCUCCACCCGUCGAAGAAGCAAGGAGUUCUCUGAUAACGUCAUCGCUAACGCCAUCGCUAGGAAAGAGAAGUAUAAUGACCCUGGACCUCCAAAGAGGCCCUCUAGACAAAUAAAACCGACUCCUAAGGUGCUAGGGAAUAAGGAGCUGAGGUGGCUGCAGUCCCAGCCGCAGAGUAAUGUGAUAGAUAGGUCGGAGGAGGGUGUGAUGACCCGCAGGUCGGCGCGGAGGAGGAGCUUUGAAGCUGUGGAGGAGAAGAAAGUUGAGAAGGUGUUUGAGGAGGAAGAAGAUAUUGAGGCUGAAGAGAUGGAACUGGAAGAAGCCCAGACAGAGGAGGCGGCAGUACAAUCAAACAAUGUGAAGAAACUGAAACACCUCUGCGAGCUGGGGCUCCGAGCCAUCAACCCUGCUGGCCUGAGUGACAGUCAGGAGGCUGAAGACAGAGAUGAAGAUAUGGAGGAGCUAGAAGACGAGGAACUGGACGAAGAGCUGAUCAGCAAACUGGCCGAAGCGGAGACCGGCUCCGACGAGGACGAAGACGAUGACGACGAGUUCUUCUGCGCCGCGGACGCGUCCUGCGGUGAGAGGCCUAGGAGGUCUACCAGGCUGUGCUCGGGGUAUGGUGAGGAGGAUGAAGAGAUGGCAGAAGAUGGGAAAUCACAGCCGCGACGCUCAUCAAGGAUACCUAAGAGUGUAGAAUACUUGUCGGACACCGAAAGCAGUAGGAAUCCGGCGGGUGCUGAUGAUACGGAGGCCGCAUACCCGGAUGAAGAGUCUGGUGUCACAGCGACCUGCUACUGCGAGGCAACCAGCAACGUGUACGCCUCGCCUAAAGACUUGGACGCGGAGCCAGUGUUCUGCCAAGCCGUGGACCUGGUGGACGGGAUCCGCGUGGGCUGCUCGCACAGCGCGCUGCGCACGCCGGCGGGCCUGGCGCCGCUGGUGCGCAGCGGGCCGCGCGCGCCCUACGUGCUGGCCUGCGAACAGCACAACAGGCAGCUGCGGCUGCACAUGGCCUGCGCGGCCUGCGGCUGCUUCUGUACGCAGGGCGUGUUCUACCGCUGCAACAAGAACCACUACUUCCACGUCGACUGCGGCAUCUCCAGCGACCCGAAACAGAAGCCCGGCUGCCCCCACUGCGGCGUGUACUCGUACCGAUGGCAGCCGGUCAACAGGGAGUGCCACAGAGUGCGGAUCACGGCUAAAUGUUCCAAUAAGAGGGUGUUCCUGCCAGAUCAGAGGGUGCAGUGCACUCCAGCAUAUCUUGGUUUCUCCACGCUGGACCCCACGAGCUUAGAACAAGACCCCAUAAUCCCUCCAGACCUACUGCCGACGCUGACGGUGGACCUCGAGGGUCUGCGGACACGGGACCCUUCGGCGACGGACGCGGGGGAUCUUUACCCCGCUAUACUGGCGGGGGCUAAGGCUGACGAACUGCUGCCUAUGAUAGUGUCGUGCCCCGACAUAAACAAGCCCGUAACGCCGAGCGGCGGCACAGUGGCCCACGCGGCGGCCCGGAGAGGCCACCUCGCCGCGCUCUACCUCGCGCAGUACGCGGGCGCGAACAUGGACGCGGAGGACGCGCGCUCGCUCACACCGCUCAUGUGCGCCGUCAGAGCGCUCUCCAAAAAGACCCAAUCGAAGCCCAAACACACCGACUCAGACGUGGAAAUGGACGCGGACCCAGAGAGCGAGAAGGAAGACGACAAGAGCGAGACGGGUAGCGACGAGGAGCUGCUCAAGGUCAUACGGUACCUGGUCGCCGCCGGGUGCGACGCCAAUCUGCCUGGCCCCGAGGGCAUGACAGCGCUCCACACGGCCGCCCGCUACGGACACAAGGAGGCGUGCGCCGCCAUCUUGGGCUCGGCUCGGUCGCAGGUGGACCCGCGCGAUCACGGCGGCUGGACGCCGCUAGUGUGGGCGGCGGAACACUCGCACGCCGCCGUCGUCAGAUUACUCCUAGAGCACGGCGCGGACCCCACGGCGAUGGACAUCGAAGGCAACGCGGCCGCGCACUGGUGCGCCCUGGCCGGCCACGGGCCGUGCCUGCGGCUGCUGGUGGAGGCCUCCCCGCGCGCCGUGGCCGCCGUCAACGCGCACAGGGACACCCCCCUACACGUAGCCGCGAGACAAGGUCACUACGCGUGCGUGGUCAUAUUACUUGCACACGGAGCCAGGACCGACGUGGAGAACAUAGCGGGCGAACUGCCAGUGGAGGUGUGUACGGGACAGUGUCAGAGCGCCAUCUCGCUCAACAUGCAGAUGGCGAUCGCGUCCAGAGAGCAGCUCACGCGGUACAAAAUGCUAUCAAGCGACAUAUCGAACGGGCGCGAGCCGCACCCCGUCCCCUGCGUCAACGAGGUGGACGACACGCCCGCCCCCGCCGACUUCACGUACGUGGUGCGCCACGUGACGCCGCGCCGAGUCGACGUCGAUGACACCAUCGACACACUGCAGGGCUGCUCGUGCACGGACGGCACGUGCUCGGCCGACACGUGCUCGUGCCAGCUGCUCGGCGUGCGCCGCUGGUUCCACAAGGGCCGCCUCGUGCCCGACUUCCCCUACCACGAACCGCCUAUGCUGUUCCAGUGCAACCACACUUGCGGUUGUAAUAAGAAACUGUGCACGAAUUCGGUAGUGACCCGCGCCACGGAGAACGGGUCCAUGAUGAUCCGCGCCUGCGUGUUCCGCGCCGGCGGCUCCAAGGGCUGGGGGCUCCGCGCAACGGCCAAGGUCCUGAGAGGGUCCCCGGUGGCCACGUACUGCGGGGAGCUGCUGAGCAUGGGCCACGCUGACACGCGCUCCCCGGACCACUACAUGUUCGCGCUAGACGUCAAGCCGGACUUGCUCGAGCAAUGCGAAUACAAAGUGCAGCUGUGCGUGGACGCGGCGCGGUACGGCAGCGCGGCGCGGUUCAUCAACCACAGCUGCCAGCCCAACCUGGCGCCCGUGCGCGUGUUCACCGGCAGCCGCGACCUGCGCCUGCCCGCCGUCUGCCUGUUCGCCACCCGGGACAUCGCGCCCGGCGAGGAGCUCGCUUUCGACUACGGUGACAAGUUCUGGUCGGUGAAGUCCAAAUGGAUGAAAUGCGAGUGCGGCAGCCCGGAGUGCAGGUACCCGCACCAGUCCACCGACGACGAGUAAGCCGGGAACCACAUCACCUUAGUUACAACAUGGAGACUGUACCACACACACCACCUCAACCAUAAUAUAACGAAGGUGUCUUUUAGACCCAGUUGUUUGCCAGCUGUUAUUGACGAGUUAACACUUAUCGUACUUUCACGAUUAAAAGUAGAAAAACAAAACGACUACCGGUCAAAGUGAUAUAAUAAUAAAAAAUUUAGAGAAUCAUUGGUGUCAGUGAAAAGUGAACACUAUAAAUCUGCGAAAUUAGCCCAGGAAUUGGCUACAAAACUAGCGGACCAACAAAUGAUGAUAGAUCUACUAUCCGAACAAAUUACGAAGCUUGAAUAAGACAAACCCCAGAAACCGGGUGAGAAGACUCCGCCCGACGCGCCUUCACACGAUCGGUAGCGAAGCAACAAGCCAAUACCAAAUGGCUCCUUAAUCCAGCUGAGGGUAGAUGAAAACAUUACACGAUAAAAUAAUGUAGAUUAAAGUCAGGUCGUUCAGUGAUAGAUAGAUCCAGAUGGUUUUGUAUCUGGUUGGUUAAUCAAUAAAUGUUUUAUCUUGGUAUACGAAAAUGUACAAAUUAUUUGUUUACUUUUAUUUAAAUACCUAAAUAUACAGAGUAUAGGACAGAAAACUCGUUCGGUGACUGUUGUUUUGUUGUACUUAUUACCUGCUCUGGAGUCUGUCGCUUGACGUGUGCUUUUCUUUUACGUAUAUUGUAGAGAAGACCAACUAGCACUGAAAUAGUAGUAUUGUUUUAUUGUAUUGAACUGUAAGAGUUAGAAAAUAGUUAAUAGAUUUUUAGAUUUUACUUUUACUUAACGUAAGGAACUAUAGUGACAAUUUGAUAUACCAUAAAUGUACGAGUAUAUUCAUAAGUAAAAUAUUUCUAAUAAUUUUAUAUAUAUUGGCAAUUCGAGUCAGUGCAUAUUUUUGUUAGGUACUCGUACUUAUAUGUAUUGAUUAUUUAAUGUCGACUUAGUUUUGUAUUUAUUUUUAAAUCAAUUAAAACUUUCAAUAAAGCGCUUGUGUGUUAAUUUUAUUUUGUAGAAGAUUAGUUUCAAUCGAAAAUAUCUCAAUUCACCUUUUCUAUAUUGUAAUAUAAACAUGUAAGGAACUAUUAUAAUAAUGAGAAUACAAUAAUGAAGAAUGAA